AUGAGUGCGCUUCUUUCUGCAGACGAUUUGAACGACUUCAUCACGCCAAGUGUGGCGUGCAUUAAGCCGGUUAAAGGCAGCAAUGAAGGAAAUGAAGGCGAAAAAGGUCAAAAGCUUGAAAUCGAGAUAGAUACCCAGGGAAAGCCCGUGGAAGUGAACAAGGAGGGCGAAACAAGGCGUUUGCAGCGAGCCCAGAUAUCCCUAUCGGACUGUCUUGCAUGCUCGGGAUGUAUAACGUCUUCGGAAGAGGUGUUGAUGCAGCAGCAUUCACAUAAAGAGUUUAUGAAAGCGAUGGAAAAGUACAAAGGACAGAAAAUCUUCGUGGCAAGCAUUAGCCACCAGGCCAGAGCAUCGCUCUCAAAUGCAUUGCAUCUUUCUGUGGCUGAUGUGGACCGUGUGUUGAUCAAAUUGUUCGUUGAAAGACUUGGUUUUGCCAAAGUGGUGGGGACCGGACUUGGCCGGCGGAUAAGCCUCAAACAGAUGUGUCAGCAGGUGAUUGACGCAUCCCAGAAGGGGGAUAAAGACCACAAGAAACCGAUAUUGACGUCGAUAUGCCCUGGAUGGCUGAUGUAUGUGGAGAAAACACAUCCUUUCCUUCUUCCAUACUUGGACAACACCAAAUCUCCUCAACAGAUCACAGGUCUUCUUCUCAAGCGUACAACUGCAGCUGAGCUGCAUAUCAAGCCAAAGGAGGUGUACGGGUUGUCAGUAAUGCCGUGCUUUGACAAAAAACUAGAGGCUGCCCGUCAGGAAACAGAUGAGCAGGUGGAUGUGGACACUGUGAUCACACCCAAGGAGGUUUUGCAUCUAUUGGAAGAUCUGAAGAUUGACUUGGACCAGCUUAUUGCUAAGGCAUGUGCAGACUCCUCGUAUGCCGAUUUGGGGGCUCUGUAUGAGCGAUUUGCUCCCCAUAAUUGGCUGUAUCCGGUCGAAUCUUGGACAAACGAUGAGGGAUCGGCAUCUGGUGGCUAUGCGUACCACUAUUUGGCAACCUUAAUGCACAGACAGGCUGCUAGUGCGGAUUGCUUUGAAAUCAGAGAGCUGGAGGGUCGAAAUCCGGAUAUAUACGAGCUUCAAUUGGUCAACAAGGUCUCAGAACAGGUUGUGGCCAGAAGUGCCGUGGUAAACGGCUUUAGAAAUAUCCAGAAUAUGGUCAGAAAGAUUAAGCUGUCAUCCCAAAAGGGGCCACGGACUAGCGGAAGGGGUAGGGCCGUCUUAAGAAGAAGAAGAAUGCAAAAGGGACACGCAGAUCCAGAGCACGGGUCACGUGACCACGAGCAUGCGGGACAGCGAGUAAAUCUUCUAGAAUGCGAGCUGAUCGAGGUUAUGGCAUGCCCACAUGGAUGCAUUAAUGGCGGGGGACUGAUCAGUGGCCCUGAGGAUCAUCAUUCGGCGAAAAUAUGGGUGGAGCAAGUUUUGGAAAAGUACAGAAGCAUUCCAAAUGGCGACAUAGGCACUGAUGAGCUUGAGAAAUGGGUUCAGGACUGGCUCGAGAACUUUACUGUGUGCAGUAGCAGACUUCUGAAGGCGAGAUUUCAGCGUGUGGAAGCUCCAAAGGACAACGCUACUAUUGCUAUGACUUCUACAUGGUGA